AUGACGGGGAUCGGCGUGGCGGCAACUCCUUCCUACUUUCGGUGCGUCGAAUUGACUGUUGUGUGUCGUGGUCGUAGUCACUGCGUGGACACCAACGGGUAUCAAAACCUGCCCAUCGAGAGACGGAUCGCAUCUCACAUCGCCGUGCCGAGCUUGGCGACAGUCACGAUGCCCCGCGCACUCCAAUACCGAACCAAACUGGCGAUCAUUCGGCGCCGUUUACAGAGGCGGCGACCGCGUCACGCAGACCCGGUAGAGGUAGACGACGAUGCUGCGUUCGCCGAUAUUCCCUCCGGUUCCGGAGAUUUCGACCAAGGUAGCGACUUCGGCGACGAUUGGGAACCGCAGGCUGUAACCGACUUUGACGAGAACGAACUUGCCCAUGCGCUAGUCGAUGCUGCAAUCGAAGAAGACCACGUCGUUUAUCCCGACCCCGACCCCGACACUGGCGAAUACCAGGUUGCCGACGAUGCGCCACUGCAGUCGGAGUUACGGGCAUUGGACCGAGUGACCGCCAUGACGACGGGUGAGAACCCUACACAGGACCUCUUCUUCCUAAACCCUGUAGAUUUCCUCAGCCGUAUCGAAGGUUCGCAACUGGCCAAGGGCAUGCACUAUGGUCUAGCCGACCUCGUCGAUAGCCCUAUCGAAGCCUGGCAUUCCAUGCAGUGGGCUGGUUCAGUGCGUACCACUAGCGGCGUCUUUGUCUGGUACCCGCCGCUUCCAGCCAGCCCAAAGGACCCGAUCUUCCCCGGCGACAUCGUCGACUUCGAGUGCACAUUCCGCGACUGCAGGCACUGUCACAGUGCAGAUGACACGUCAAAGCCUCACGUCGGCCAAGUUAUGGCAGUAUACCGCGACCGUCGCGACAGCACUCGAGACCUCGGUUUGAUAGCCGCAUCAAACAACAACGUCGACCAGGCUCAGCAGGGUGACGUUGUACUCGUUAUCGCGCGGGUACUCCGUGGCCAUGUUAUCAAGAAUAUCGUUGCGAACCAGGCGAUCGAGAUUAAGACCAACCCAACACGCGACAACGUUACAGACAACGAAUGGGUAUUGAGCUAUAGCCCGAUGGAGCUCGUUCCAUCGGCCAAGAUUCGCGGUCGUCGCACCGAUAUCGGUUUCGAUUAUGCAUUUGGUAGCCAGGUGGAGUUCGACGACGAUCCACGCGAGCGCAUCGGCAUGCCACUCAUCCGCCGCAUCUUCAUGAAGGAACAGUGUGCUUUUAUGCCACCAUGCUUGGGUCAAGUUCGGUCCCUCCCAUGCUUGGACUUCAAUGACGGCUUCGGCUUGUACCGCACGAUGACGAAGUCGAUUAUGGGUUGUUAUCUGCAGAUUGCAGCGAUGCCGAGAAGCGAGCAUACACGGCAGAUCAACGUCCUGCCGGUUACCCUAGGUCCGCACGGCGCCAACUUCGACGAUGUGAUGAAGGCCCUCGCCCCACUCAAGGCCCUCGACCAGGGCAUCACCGUUGCCAUCAAUGGUGUGGAGACCCUGUUGUGUGCCCCGAUCAUCGCCUUCACUGGCGAUAUGCCGCAGCAACAGGAUAACUCGGGUUGUCUCAGUGUGGCGGCUAACCUGGGCUGCCGUAACUUUCAACAGGUUGCGCCAGCACUAGAUCUCAUCAGCGGUCGUCCCGGCGACGCAGCACAUUCCGAGUUCAACGGUAUCACGAAGAUGACUCACCAGAUCCUGAUUGAUGCUGCGUUGAAGCCUGAUGCCGUCGUCGCAUACUCGAAGAUCCUCCGCCAGAUGCCUUUCCCCCCUGGUUGGGCCCGAAUCCAGUCCCCAUAUAACGUACUCAACUACAGUCUGCAGGAGCAUGCGCGAUGGUCGGUUCUGAUGACCAUCAUCUCGCUAUUGUGGUUGACGGAGGCAGAUCUGAAGCGCCCUUUCGUUCAGGCAGUACGGGGUGUUUUCUCGCAAACCGAGCUCACCCGCGGGCAAGCCACCAACACUGAUGUGGCUAUAGCAUCCAAGGUCGAGCACAAGAGCGCUGUCGAGAUACUGACACUGGUGCUAGCGGCAAUCGUCAAGACCAACGAGAUCCUAUCAGCACCUGAACUCGAUGCGAACGACCGCGACCCUGCGACUAUCAUGGACACGAUCCGAAUUAGCCGCCGUAUGUUCCAAUUGAUAUGCGAGGCUGCGUCGCGCUCUACUAACCUUGCUACUGGCGCUGCCGCUGCUGCCGCUGCCCGGCGUCGUGGCUCACUUGCAUCAUCCCGCGCCGGAUCCGUUGCCCCCUCCGCGCCUCGUCCCGCAGCUGGCAACACUAUCGAGCCGGUCCAUGAAGAGGACGAGGAAGCUGUCGACGAUGAUAUCAACAUCGGCCAGCUUGAAACACAAAAUAUCGUGCUCACGAUGAACCAUCGUAACCCCGAGAAGGACUGCCUUGCGUACGAGAAUAUGCUGCAGACGGUUCGACUGACACUACUCGACGGCUUUCGCUAUGACGACCCCGAUAUCACCACCGACAUCAAGAAUCUGGCAUCGGCAGCCCCUUCUCUGUUCUCAUCAUUGCUACCGCGCGAAGGUCUCCAGAACGAUGACGACGAUUCUUCGAUUUGGGACAUCAUUGCUCGUGUAUACCAGGACAUGGGCUUUCCCGUUCGUGAGGGCGCAUUGGUGCCAACCUUCCUUUGGAUGCUUCGCGAUGCAUACCGGGUGGACUAUGACAAGAACAUUAUUGUGACGACGAACUGGCAUAUCAGGUGGUGGAAGAAGGUUUCGUUUGGAGACGGACCCAUCAGCACCAAACCCAAAGGUGUCCAGCGCUUGGUCUAUCAGCGGGGCCAAUUCGUGAAGUACCGCGACGGCAACGUCGGCAGACUUGAGCAUAUCAUGACGCACGAAGCAGUGCAUGGUUCUGGCCAGUUCUUUGUGUUCUUAGUCAUCACGCCACUCGCCGACACCGGCAGCACCGAGCCCCUGACCGGACUUCCGAUCUUGAAGAUGGCCGCGUCUGGUGCCAACAUUGCCAUGGCGGCUUCGCUCGAGGACUGUCGACACCGACUUAUCGGCCUGCCUGCUCUACGCCGCGAUCGCCUUUAUAUGGUACCUUUCACGACUGGUCCGGGUCGCCGCCUGCUUACAGGCAUCGGGAACACUGAGCUGGAGGCGGAUACCGAGCUACUCUGGGUUAACUGGCGCGUGCAGUUCACUUGA